CACUGACCAGAGUGGAAAGCCCUCUGAUCCAGAGCAGUGGGAGAGCCGUAAGAUUGCUGGCUCUGCAGUCUGCUGACUGGAGGUCUCUUCAGCUAGUUCAAUCCAAGUCCACACACAUUAUGUGAAAACAAGAGCUUCUAAUCUUUAAACAGAGAACAGUUGAUAGGGUCUUCCUAAGUUCUCUAGCACCCACAAAUCAUCCUGUGCUGAGCAGUUCCUGUGAGAAUACUGGUUCUGCCUUGGAAAGGCUGCUGGCUCCAUGCUGGUUUUCUUCCUGCUCCUCUGCGUUCCUGAAGAAGAAAGACUGUCAUUUAUUCCUGAGAGACACAAUCAUCAUUUUUGGUAGACAAACUAAGUCCAAAAGAUUGUCUCAGAAGGUAGUGUGGAAUCUCGCUCACCGGCUGCUUUUCUAAAGGGAUUCAUUUCCUUUUGGCUUCUAUCCUGUGGCUUAGCCCUCUGGACGGACCUGAGCUCUUACUUGGCAGAGAUGGCCCACAUGAAGACGAGGCUAGUUUAUGCUUCCAUUCUCAUGAUGGGCGCGCUCUGCUUGUACUUCAGCAUGGAGUCUUUCAGAGAACUCCCGUUUGUUUUCAAGAAAAGUAACGGGAAAUUCCUUCAGCUUCCGGAUAUAGACUGCAAGCAGAAGCCGCCUUUCCUCGUGCUGCUGGUGACAUCAUCCCACAAGCAGCUGGCCGCUCGCAUGGCCAUUCGCAAGACAUGGGGUAGAGAGACAUCGGUGCGGGGCCAGCAGGUGAGGACCUUCUUCCUUCUGGGGGCCUCCGACAGCACUGAGGACAUGGACGCCACAACCCUGGAGAGCGAGCAGCACCGUGACAUCAUCCAGAAGGACUUCAAAGACGCCUAUUUCAACUUGACCCUGAAGACCAUGAUGGGUAUGGAAUGGGUCUACCACUUUUGUCCUCAGACAGCUUUUGUGAUGAAAACAGACUCAGACAUGUUUGUGAAUGUUGGGUAUCUGACCGAACUGCUGCUAAAGAAAAAUAAAACGACCAGGUUCUUCACAGGCUACAUAAAGCCCCAUGACUUUCCCAUCAGGCAGAAGUUCAACAAGUGGUUUGUGAGUAAGUUCGAAUAUCCCUGGGACAGGUACCCACCUUUUUGCUCCGGUACUGGUUAUGUCUUUUCCAGCGACGUGGCGAUCCAAGUAUACAACGUCUCAGAGAGUGUGCCCUUCAUCAAGCUGGAGGAUGUGUUUGUUGGGCUCUGCCUGGCUAAGCUGAAGAUCCGGCCGGAGGAGCUCCACAGCAAACAGACCUUCUUCCCCGGUGGUUUACGCUUCUCUGUGUGCCGCUUUCAGAAAAUCGUGGCCUGCCAUUUUAUGAAGCCCCAGGACCUGCUCACUUACUGGCAGGCACUGGAGAGCUCGAAAGAACAGGACUGCCCUGCUGUCUGAGGGGAGCCUGCUGGCACCUAGGACAAACUUCUGACAACCUUUGGUGAUGAUUUGGGAAGAUCUGGGAUGUUCUUGCUGGGAACUGUCUCGGGUAGAGAGAGGAUGAGGAUGUUCUCAAAGCUACAUGGGAAAGGAUAGAUACGAAAGCUGAGGAAUGACUUGUUCCCACUUGGCACCCGGAGCAAUAACAGAUCUCAUCUUUUCAGGCCUUUGCCGGAUGCCCUCGAUGUCUGAGACACGCCCUUCAUCCACCCGUUUCUGGGCUCAGCAUAUAUAUGAAGAAGCCCUGGAUAUGGUCAUCCCCCUUUUGUAGGUUAAGACCAGCCAUGUCACUUACUCGUUCAAAAACUCACAGCCUAUAGACGGAGCUGGAAUGAGAAUCAAGGGGUAUCAGGAUUCAGUUGGUGGUCGGUCCCCAAUUGGGUGUCUCAUGCCUUGGGAGAAGGUGGUGGUGGGAGAAACUAGGGGUUGGGGAGGGACUUACAGCUAAGUAGCAUCCUUCAGUCCUUUUCCAGAGUCUCGUGCCCCUCACUUCCCAAUCCCUUGUACUUUUAGAAUGUCAAGACUGGAAUAAACCAGCUUUUUCAGGCCUUACCCUUUGCUCGAAUGAUGUAGCUGGGCACUGAGUUAAUAUAGAUUAACCACUUGAUACCCAAAGUGUCCUCAGUAUGAUUUUAAGAGACAUGCAUGCCUGCAGCCUCUAUAGCUCACUUCCAUGCCAGAAGGAAACUGGUUUUAUAGGACCAUAAAAGUCAGGCUGAGAAGCCACUGCUGAGUCUUGCUCUAUAGACUGACCACUGCUAACAUCCCAAUGAGGGAGAUGUCUCCAUUGAGCUGACUCUGCUUUGGAUGUACUAUUAGUGACCAUUUGCAGCGCUGGGGCACUUCAAACAUCUAAGUUCAAACUCAAGGGUAGCCAGGCACAGGCAUAGUGGGGUAUCCAGAGCUUUCCUGGGCUCUGGGCUGGGUCUAAGCUCCGGAGAUACAAAGCCUGGAAGCAGGCCCAGUCUAGGGGCUCUUCCUACAUCUGUGGUCCUUCCUGACCUCCCGGAAUUUAUCAUGUAGUCAUAGACAUGCUGAGUGUUGCCUUUUGGAAUUUAACUUUCUCUUCCCAGCUGGGUGUCUCUACCCCUGAAGGUUUUCAUAAAUGGGUAAAGACAGGGGGCUUUUGGCCAUUUAGCCACAGUCACCAGACACGUAAUCUUGCUCUGUGUCACAGGAAUUAUUGAUUUCCCACAGCUUUUCUAGAUUUUACUAUGUGCUUGGGGCAAAGGCUUCUCGUGGCUAUGUAACUGUAAAUGUUGGAAUAUGCUCUCACCUGAACUCAGGAAAACUUAACGGUUGGAACACCAUUAGGUUGGAGGAAGCCAGAAGCUGCCUCCAGGGCCUCAUAUUCAUGCUUGUUCCUGUCUCUCCUAUUAAUCUCUUCCACAACUCUUGGGGAAAAUUCUGUCUGUGACAUUUUUCAAAAUCAUGAAGCACCAAGUUCUAGACCCUUAUUGAGAAUAUGUGAAAUUCUGAACCAGGUAGAGAAAGGGUAUUUGUUUCUGGGUGUGUACUAUAGACUACAUACACCGUCAAAACCAACCCCGACCACAUCUUCUUUGACAGAGGGGGAAGCCAAAGCUUGUACCAUAUGGUGGUGUUGCUGUCUGGAGGGUGGGAGAGCUGGCGUCAGCACCUAGCACCGGGCGCCAUGUACCAGACCUUUCUUUUACUUACUUGUUAGCCAUAUUGCCCUUUGCAUCCACAUAGACAGCAGACUGGAGCGAGCAUUCAGUGCUGAGAAGAGGGUUGGGCGUAGGUAUAUGCACAGCGUACUGGAGCCUAGACAGAUGUGGUCACCUGUGCCCAUACUUGCUGUUGCAUUGAAGAUGCCAGCACCCUUCCCAAGGGGACAUUCUUCAUUCUUACAACCAGAUUGGUAUCAGCAGAGGCAGCUGAGGUGACUCAGUGACUCACCCUGCAACUGAGACGUGGCACAGACACAGUGCUCGGCCUUCUCCAUUGGUGCACCAUUAACAUCCCUUCCUGUGUGCUUGAUUCUCUCAGAAGCUUGGGGCUGGUGCUACCCCAGGAGUCACCAGCAUCUCACUCUGCCUGCACGCUGCCACCCCUGUCCUCCUGGGUGUUGUCUGGAGUGUUGGUCUACUUCUUCCCGGUUCUGCUUCCUGUGACUUAGCCCUGGGGCUUUCCUCAGAAUUCUCACAAACUUCCCAUUGAGACUAGCCUUAUCAUGAGGUCGUGUGUGGCCAAGUAUGGCAGAUUGAGUUCAGUCCUUGAGACCCUUGUGAUAGAAGGGGAGACUUGGUCUUUACAAGCCCACGGUGGCACAUAUGUGUCUGCACACAUGUGCAUGCAAGGCUCUAAUAAGUAACACGUAAACAAAAUAAUUUUUGCAACGACUCCUUCAAACGCUGACCUCUGAAAUUCUUUGCUUAUUUUUAUUCCUGUUGCUUUCCAGGAUGCAAAUCCCUGUGUGUGAGCACUGGUAGAGGUGUAGUAGGAAAAAAAAAAAUCCCUCUCAGGUAGAAUUAUUUGCAAAAUGCCCUAGUUUGGUUGGGAAUUCAAUAGAAAAAUUUGUUGGGAGGCUUGCCCCAGUUUCCCACCUGUUAUUUAACUCCCGGGGUAAGACCCUCAGAGUGGCCUUAGAUCAUUCCUGGAAGUAAAGAGUGAAACCAUCUAAACUCAGAGUCCAGAACAGCUGAGUAAGCCUGGCAGGAGCAAGUUAGACCGAAGCAGAGCAACAAUAGCGAAAGGUUUUAAGUCCAUUAAAAAGUAGCAUUUUCUAAUUACCAGGUAUAACACUUUUAAAUACAAGAAGAAAAUGGAUUUUGUGGCCAAAAUGUCAUAUACCUGCUUUUUCUGUGGUAUUGCUUUGUGGUUUUUGGUGCUGGGGAUGGAGCCCUAAUGCUUAUCAGGGCUCCCCUACUGUGCCUCUCCAGCCCCUGUUGAGUUGUUUUGCAUCACACAUUUUACUACCUCCUGUAGGGGUCUUGGGGAUCAGAGCCUGGUGCCUCCAGUUCAGAUACUGUGCUGGGUAGUUUUAACUGUUAACUCUGGAAGAGAGUUUUAAUGAGAAAUUAUUUCUUCAUUAUUAAUUGAUGUAGGAAGACUCAGUCCAUUGUGGGCGACACUAUUCCCUAGGCAACAGUAUGAGAGGAGAAAGCCAGCCAAGGGCAAGCAAGGAUCCGUGUUUACCUCUCUGUCUGUGGGACUGUGGUGUGCCCGCCCGUCUGCUUCAUGUUCCUGCCUUGACUUCCCUGCAAUAACACACUGCAGCCCGGGCGUGUGAGCUAAAUAAACCUUCUCUUCCCCAAGGUGAUUCUGUCACAGUAACAGAAGUGAAGUUAGAGCAGAUGCUCAGGGUGAUACCCACAGGGUCAGACCCUUCUCACUUUACCCUGCCCUGGAUGUCACCCAGUGCCACCUCUCUGUCCCACACAGAGGGGAGCCCAGAAGCUACUUAAAUUCUGUUUCAGGGAAGUAUCAGGGGAGGAGAGCUGACUCAUUUCACCUAAAAAAUGCCUCCUGUGACUGCAGACGACUCAUAUGCAGCUGCGGACACUUUGUAGUCAAAUUUGAUUUCCUAAAGGAUUAAAAAUUAAAUGUCUAUGUCACUGAAUGGAGUUUGGAAUUGUCAUUUGCCUGUAUGUGGAGGAGGUUCUACAGGCUAUGAUACUGUAUUUUGGGAGCGGGUAUAUGUAUUUAUGAUUUGUCAAUGAUAUUUAUCUUUAAUAAAAAUUAAGUUAU